AUUAAAUUCAAUCGCUGUAUAAUUCUCUCAUCUGACCGUUGAGCGAAUCCGCUCUGGCACUCUCUCCGCCACCCUACCAUCCAACUCCAUUAACUACUUCCAAUCCUCAUGAAUUUAAAAAUAUCGAAUUUUGGAUGCCCACUUUAUGCUAUUAGGUGGGUUUGACUCAGCAGCCAUAGUUGACAAUCGGUCUUGUUUUCUAUGUAUAAAUCAUGUAGUCAUUUCCCGGAGACUCCACUUAAUCCAAUUUGCUCCAAUUCAAAUUUAGAGUGAGAAUCGUGAAGGGGAUGGAGGGUGUUGGAACUCAAGUAGCGAAUAUGGGAGAGACGGAAUUGAACUCCUGUGAUCGUGAUCGUGAUCGUGAUCGUGAUUGUGAUGAUGUUUCGCAUCUUUCUCUUGACAUAGGAGGUUCUCUAAUAAAGAUGGUUUACUUCUCAAAUGGCAGUAGCUGCUCCUCUGAUGAUCAGAAAGACAGCUAUUUAAAGGAUGAAAUUAACGCAUCCGUUGGCACCUCCAACCAGAGUGGCCUAAGAGGGAAACUUCACUUUCUGAAGUUUGAAACAAGCAAAAUCCAUGAAUGCAUCAAGUUUAUAUCUUCCAAGCACCUUCAACACUAUGGUGAUCAGGAUAAUAAGGACCUCAUCAUUGAAGAAAAUGUUAUUAAGGCCACAGGCGGCGGGGCAUUUAAAUUUGCUGAUUUAUUCAAAGAAAAGCUAGGUAUCAUUCUGGACAAGGUAGAUGAAAUGAGCUGCCUUGUCGCUGGAGCUAAUUUCCUACUUAAGGCAGUGAACCAUGAAGCAUUUACCUAUAUGGAUGGCCAGAAGGACUAUGUCCAAAUUAACCACAAAGAUCUGUACCCUUAUCUCCUUGUUAAUGUGGGUUCUGGAGUCAGCAUGAUCAAGGUAGAUGGCGACAAUGAAUUUGAGCGAGUCAGUGGAACAAGUGUCGGUGGUGGAACAUUCUGGGGUUUGGGAAGACUUUUAACCAAGUGCAAAAGUUUUGAUGAGUUGUUAGAAUUGAGUCAUCAAGGAAACAACAGAGUGAUAGACAUGCUUGUUGGAGACAUAUAUGGUGGAAUGGAUUACUCAAAGAUUGGUCUUACGUCAACGGCAAUUGCUUCUAGCUUUGGCAAGGCAAUAUCCGAAAACAAAGAACUCGAAGAUUACAGAUCUGAGGAUGUAGCCAGAUCCCUCUUAAGAAUGAUCUCAAACAAUAUUGGACAGAUUGCUUACUUGAACGCAUUACGUUUUGGAUUGAAGAGGAUAUUUUUCGGAGGAUUUUUCAUAAGGGGACAUGCAUACACAAUGGACACAAUUUCUGUUGCAGUUAAUUUCUGGUCGAAAGGCGAAGCGAAAGCUCUAUUUUUGCGGCAUGAAGGGUUUCUUGGAGCAUUGGGAGCUUUUAUGAAGUACGAGAAAAAUGGAUUCACAGAUAUCAGUCAUCAAUUUAUGGAACAAUCUUGCGCAAUACAAAUAACCCAACCCCAUAAUGUAUAGCUAGGUUUAUUGGAGCUCAUCAUCAGGGCUACUUUUGGUACAUCACUUCUUCUUAUAUUAUUCAUUUCUAUGCCUUUUCUAAUUCUACUAUGUAUUUUUGGAUUUGGAUUUUCCGAGUCGUUUACAAUUAGAAAGCAAUGCGAUAUUUUCAAGGGUAUUAAACA